AUGGAGUCCUUGACGUUAAGACCGCGCAAGGCGGUGGUGGAGGAACCGAUGGAGAGCUGGGACGACGACGAUCUGGAUAUUGGCGGGGACGAUUUCACGUUUCGAAGCGCGUCGCUAGCGACCACUGCGACGCAUCACAGGGAUUCCGUGUCGUCCCGCUUGUCAACACGAUCCGACUUCGAUUCGAGCCUUGGAGAUGAGGAGAAGCAAGUGCAUGUGCCCGGAGACGACCAGACGUCAACGGACGACGCGAUAGCAACAGCAAAAAGGGCAGGAAUACCCAUACCACAGAACGUACCGGCGUCUGCAUUAAUGGGUGGAACGAUCAAAAGGCUCGGAGGAAAAAAAGUGAAGAAAAUCACUCAGGAUGAUUGGGAUGACGGAGAUCUGGAGCUGCCGGGUGAAGGCGGGUUGACAAUCAAGCGACAAGACGCAUCGAAUUUCCCUGACGCCCUGCGUCAAGUCAGUGCGGAAUCUACGCAUUCCAGCCCUGGCAAGCCGCAACAGCCUGCACCAAAGUUCAACUCGAAUCCACGGCCCGAUCUAAGGUCUAAGAUGGCAUCGUCUAACCUCAUGCUCGAUCGCUUCCGUGAUGAGGAAGAUGGCGAUUUCUUUGGAGAUGGAGGGGACACGAUCAAGGUUUCCAAGAGUCGUUCAGCUCCCAAGCUUUUACCCCUGGUCACACCGCCUACUCCCAGAAGAAACGAUGCAGCCGCAGGUGGUGACGAUGAUUUCGAAGGAGACUUCCAACUGCCGGCGGAUAAUGAACCAUUGAGGCUCUCCACCCGCCGAGAUAUUCCAAAAACGCCGGCCAGUCUCCAUGACGACACGGACGAAUGGGGCGAGGGCGGAAGUCUGGGUACGAGGCAUGGUGGGACGAAGAGAGACCGAACUUCGAACCGAAGCUCAUCCACAACUGCUCUCAGCCCAAGCGUUGCUAGUUCGCUCACGAUCGAGAGCGAGGAUGAAGGAUUGGAUGGACUUGUGCUUCCAAGUGGCCCCCUUCAUUUUGACGAUAUAUUGAAACGACGACAGCAAGCUUAUUCGCCUGAUCACCCGACCAGCGAGAAGCUCUCUGCGAAGCGUGUGGAAAUCAAGGAAGACUUUCUCACUGGUCUCGAGAUCGGAGACGGCGAUGUAUUUGACUCCAAAAAACUCACGCUCAAUCGGAACAUCAAGAUGAAAACGACUCGUCAGACAAGUCCUGCUCGUCCCAAGACUGCCGUCUCUCUAACUUUCACCAACAAACCUACACCGGCACCGACUACAAAUACCUCCCGCCUGCCUCGUCCUUUAGGUGGGCAUGAACGACAACCUUCAGCUCUUGAACCUGUAUCGGAAAGUGGCGGGCCAAUAUUGCGAAGCAGCCGUAGAUCUCAUUCCAGAUUGCGUGGACAUUCGUCUCAGUCAUCUAUCACAAGCGUUGCUACACCAACAACGCCAUCAUCGGGUCAGGCGUUUCCCCCAUCAACACCGAGGCGACGAGAACCGGGAGGCAAGCCAUCUAUCACCGCUCUUCGCAAGGAAGCAACGACGACCAAUGCACAGUUGCUGAAGCUCAAGCGAUCGAUGCCCACGAUGAGGUCCUUCCCGAAUUCGCCAGCGAGGCCAAUGGGACCACGCUAUGAGAGACCCCCCUCCCGUACAGACUUGAGCAGAAACAAUACGAUGUCUCGGCCCAGAACCCCUGUCGAACGGGAUCGCAGUGGUGCUGAAUCAAGCAUGUCUCAUGCAAGAAAGCACCCAGCACCUUUCCUCCCCGCCGGCUCCUCGAGCUCCCAGUCACAGCAUGUCACCAUUAAAACUUCCCGUCAUUUACGCAGGCAUGAUUCCGAGUCUUCCAACACUAGUAUCGAAUUUCGACCUUCAUCUCGAGCGGUCUCUCGAUCGACUAUGCGGUCUCCCAGCCCACGCAGACCGAGAGGGGCCGAGGUGCUAGCUCGGGAGGCUGCACCCAAGCGAACCUUGACAAAACCUGUGCGACGCAGGCAUUUUGGCGACGGCUGUGAGUUAGAUGGUUUCGAUGACCUACCGACCUCGAAAGACACGGAGCAAAAAUUUGUCAAGGAACCUAUCGGAAGAGGGCCUCCCAAGCUUUCAAGUCUUCGCAACAAAAUACUUCAGGAGACACCACCUCUUCGAACCACGACACCAGCUCCUCUGACACCCUAUUCGCCUGCAAGGACCAGGGAUGAAUUGCCUAGAUUCGCUCGUGAUACGAAUGCAAGCCGGAUGGCAAGGGAGCACUCGCUUGCACACCGCGUCCCGUCUGCCCAGGGAGCUCCACUUGCAACUCUUACGAAUCAGUGGAAGGCAAAGGUCUCUGCGACCACUGGUCUCAGUAACGUCAAUGCUCAAUCGGUCAAGCCCAAGAAGAUGAGGGGCCCGCCUCAAAAGCCCCAGCUUAUCAAGCCGCUGGGAAAUUCCAACAACCCCAAAUCUGUCAAAGGGAUGUACUACAACCCUUAUACAUACCGAUGGGAAGGAAACGAGAAUGAGCUUACGCCAUUCGAUAUCCCAGCUCCUUCGCCCUCUGCCGCUUCUAUUCCGUCGCACAUCGCCCGAGAGAAGGAGCAGCAAAUGUAUCGUGAAAAGGAAAACGCCACUCCCCGCCCUGCUCUUAUCCAGAAUGUCAACUCGUGCCAAAAUGUUCAAGUUGUUGGCGGUAUGGUCUUUGAUCCACAGCGCAUGUGCUGGCUCAAGAUGCCUAGCCAAAAACAAAAUUCCAAGAGCGAGGGAGGCGAUACGAUGGAUGGUUUUGACGCCUUGGACGACGAAGAAGAUGUAUUCAAGGAUGUUCCAGACCUCGAAGAUAAUCCCACGAACGAGGCCAGCGUAGCUGGCGGUAGGAAGAGCGACGGUGCAAGUACACUUAAAGACGAAUGGCUCGUCGGCGAAGAAUUCGAUGUCGGGCCCGAGUUUGUGAGACGACAACGAGAAGAGGAGGAGAGAUGGCGGCGAAAGUGUGAGAAAUGGGUCGGUGCCUCUCUCGACAGGGGCACUGACAACUGGCGGUGGAGCAUCAGAGAUGUCGUCAACUAG